CACCGGAGAAUCCAUUGCGAACUUGAUCAUUGAUGCGAACUGCCCAGGCAAGGCUUGAUGCAGUACAUAUAGAUCAUAAUAUCACAGCUAUGAUGAUACAUGAUGCAUGAUGGCUGAUCUGACUGAUUCGCGAGUCGGGAGCCGCCUUCAGAGCGGGAUUUUAUCGUAGAACUUGAUGCCGCUCCGCACUCGAAGCCAAAGACGACAUGGAGAAGAAUCAAAAUCGCCUUGUAAACCAACUACAAGCCGUUCAUGCACGGCAGCAAAAAGUCAUCCUGCAACUUCAAGCGGACAAUACAAGGUUGUUGAGCGAUCUAGGAGAGAUUCGUCGGGAGAGGGAUAAUUUCCGAGCGGAGGUGGCGCGGUUUCGGAGAGGGCAUACAGAUAUACAGAACUGUCUCGACGAGCUAUCGUCGGAUUAUCACGAUCUCAAACGUGAGCAUGCGAACCUGGUGCGCUCAUUUAACUCAGCAAGCAUGCACGUGGGGCGGCCUCUGAGAACAUUGUCCAGUAAGGUGGGUGGCUUCUGCGGGCCCGGGUGACGGGCCUCUAUCCUUAAUUUCCUCUCUGCAGUCAGUGCUCCCGCUCUCUGUUCUCAGCGAAGGGGACGUCAAACAAGAUCCAUCCCUGCCAAACGUCGACGGUCCCUUUGACACAUUUCGACCU